CGAGGACGACACAUCAUGGCUCAUGUGUACAACACCCUCGUCCACCACUACUACGUCGACCACAGUGACUAUUUCAGCUCACUGACUGGCAAGCACGGCAGCACCAACCAUCAUCACACGUACCUGCCACCACCGCCAUCCUCCACCAUGCACCAUCCGCCCUCUUAUUACCACCAGACGUCCCAACCACCACCAUAUCUCAUGACGACCCAAGACUGUGUCAAGGUCGAGCCCAUGUCACACAAACAUGAAGAGAGCCCGCCAUUCGUGCACAUCGAGGGUCUGCAGUUCUUCGACGCGAGUCUCUUGGAGCCAAUCCCAUUCGUCCAGGCUGCCACCACAUGCACCAGCAGCAGCUUUGCCGCCGAGACUGGCGAGUAUGCUUUCGAAGCGCUGACGUUGGAGUGUGCACAGGACUUUUUGUUUGACGCGAUACACCACGACUUGACUUUCCCCGCGACAUGUGCUGCAUCCUCGUCGCCGUCUCCGCCACGAGUCCAACCCUGCAACGACGACGACGAUGUGGACAUCCCGACCACCGAAUUCCCAGGCAAAUGCUUUUCCGAAGGCUGCUCCAAGUCGAUCUCGUAUCGUGGCUUCUGCAAAGACCACGGCGGCGUCCGCCUCUGCAGCGUCGUUGGCUGCCCCAAAGGCAACCAAGGCAAGCGGCUGUGCAUCAGCCAUGGCGGCGGCAAACGCUGUCGCAUUUCCGACUGCGAAAAGAGUGCGCAGUCGCAUGGUCUGUGCAAGGCGCACGGUGGCGGGGCCCGCUGCACGAUCGCCAACUGCGACAAGAGCUCCCAGGGCGGGGGACGGUGCCGAAAACACGGCGGCGGUCGACGGUGCUCGGUGGCUGACUGCAGCAGCGGCGCCCAGCGAGCCAACUUGUGCGCAAAACAUGGAGGGUCGCGCCUCUGUGGGGUACCAGAGUGCGGCCGGACCGACCGCGGCGGAGGGCUGUGCGAGAACCACCGGAAGGACUUGGUGUGCAAGGAAGGCACGUGCAACCGCUUAGCGAUCAGCGAAAGCACCGACGGCCUGUGUUUGCGCCACAUGCGCCGACAAAAGUAGUAGUAGUAGAUGUGGUGAAACGAGUAGUGCCGUGCCGUGCCGUAGAAGCGAUUGUUAACUUAUUUGGUGUGUUGUUCGUCACAAGUGUUGCCGUCGUAGCCUUAGCAAUAGUUGAUCGUGUGAAAAUGCAAUUAUUU